AUGAAGAGAACCUUGGAAAUGAAUGUCUUUCUGACCUUAGGAAUUUUGGUUGACUUUGUGAAGAAACAAUUAAAAGCUGUCUUUGAAGGGCUUAGUCUGGAGCAACAGAAAUUAGAAAAUGAUCUUUCAGACUGGAGUAUUAAGAUACUAGAUCAUUAUUCAGAAGAAAGGAGUAACUUACUUAGUGAACUGCCCAUGGAAUUAGAAACUUUGGAAUGCCCAUACCCUGAUCUGAAAUCUUCAAUUUUUAAAGAGUUCUGUAACUUUACAGAGAAAUAUCAAAAGAAACUUCAUGAAUUUGAUUUGCAGUUAGAAGACAUAUACAGAAACUUCCAAUUAAAUGAAGAAGAUCAUUGGAUUUACCAGGCUGUUUUGGAUCAGUAUCCUGGAGAUAUUUGUGGCAGAAGGACUCUGUAUCUGGACAUGUUACAAAGAUAUUUUCCUCACAAAUCUAGGCGUGCUUUGGUUGAACAUGAGAAAUUUUGUGAUCAAUAUCGCUUUGCUAGGGAGCAGCGAAGGAUCCUGAUAACAAAUUGGAACAAGAAUAGGAGAGAUUUUACACAGAAGGCUGUGUUGACCCUUGCUGAAGCCUGUGCAACACAUGAAAUGGAGAGCGCAUUGGCUAGGGACAGAAAAAAACAACAGGAAUUGUGUGCUGAUCUGAAAGCCAAGGUUCUUCAAUGGCGAGCCCAACAGGAAGAGGUAGCAAGACUGGAAAUGGAAAUUUCUGCCAGAAGAAGAGAAAAGGAAGAGGAGAAAGAGAAACUGUGGAAGAGGAAGGAAUUGUUACAACGAGAAGAGAAGAAAAAAAAAAUAAGGAAAUACUGGGCUGAAAAAGAACAGAACUGGCAAGAAAUGGAAAUGAGAGACCUUCGGCGUCUAGAAGAACUGAAGAAAUUAAUGGCUGAACAGUCAGUAAAAGACAGAGAAAGGGUUAACUAUAGGCAACAACUAUUGGAAAAACAUUUGAUGGAGAAAAAAGAAGCGGCUCUUCAAGAAGCACAUGAAGAAGGAGAGCGGGAGAGGCGGCUAGAAGCCCUUAGGAAACAGGUUGCUAUUGUUGCUCAAUUUGAUCCUGUUAGAAUGAUGUCAGAUACAAUAGCAUCGAAAGCGAGGAUGGGUAUUGGAAUUGAGGAAGAAUUUAUUCUUCAAAAGCCACUCUUCACAUUGAAUACAUACAAUGAACAGCAGAUAAUUUCUGACCCUAGACUUCGUUUUGAGUUGGCACUUCGAGAAGCUGGACUUCAUAAAACCUUUUAUGCCAAAGAGAUAUUACCAAAAAUCAGUCCUCAGAAACCUCCAAGAAAGGACAUGGAGUCUACUGUAUUUAAAAUUUAG